AUUCUUCCCCCAAUCACACUUAUCGAUAUCGAAAAGGUAGAAAAUUGUAAUUUGAGCUUGACAGUUUCAAUUAUAAUUUAGAAGUUUGAAUAUGGAUAUAAAAUCCUUUUUGUUCGAAUAUUGCGCCAAGUCGCGUAUAGAACCAAAGUUUGACAUUCGCCAAACGGGUCCCAAGAAUCGUCAGCGCUUCCUUUGUGAAGUGCGUGUGGAUCAGAACAGCUAUAUCGGUGUCGGUAAUUCUACGAAUAAGAGGGAUGCCGAAAAGAACGCAUGUCGUGACUUUGUCAACUACCUUGUGCGCGUGGGCAAGUUAAAUGCUCAGGAUGUUCCGGCAGAUAUAGGUACUUCAGUAGGGACGACUCCCAAAACCGCCUCGCAAGGUGAGGCAGUGGCCGCGAGCGAUGGAUACCAAAAGCGAGUUUUUGGUGGGCAAUCUGGUCCGCAGGAUCUGGGCGAAGCCUACCGUCCCCUGAACCACGUAGACAAAAGCAGCGGAAGCCGGUUUAACAUAAUCGACCAUGUCCAGGAGCAGAAGGACAUGAAUGAGGCUGAGUCCAUUGAUGUCAACGCCGCUAUCCACGGCAACUGGACUAUAGAGAAUGCCAAAGAUCGUCUUAACAUGUACAAGCAAGCAAACAACAUUCGUGACGAUUACAAAUAUACCCCAGUUGGUCCGGACCAUGCCCGGAGUUUCAUGGCUGAGCUGUCGAUUUACGUGGCGGCGCUCAAGCGAAAGGUGACGGCCCGCGAGACGGGUUCCAACAAGAAGUCGGCCAGCAAAUCGUGCGCUUUGUCUCUGGUCCGCCAACUCUUCCAUUUGAAGGUGAUCGAGCCCUUCAGCGGAACCCUAAAGAAGAAGAAGGAUGAGGAGCUAAAGCCAUAUCCGGUGAACCUAGAUCCCGAGCUGAUCAACAAAAUUGAUGAGGUGAUCCAGGUGCUGGACCUUCCUGUCGUAACCCCUCGUAAUAUCAAAAUCGAGCCAGAUGGCGCUCCCAUACCUCUUAUCGUUAAUGUAAACCGUAUUGAUUUAUUGCAACAAGAAGUUGAAAAGCGUCCGGAAAGCUCAGUUAUUCCGUGGGCUCCCCCUCAACCCAACUGGAACACCUGGCAUGCCUGCAACAUUGAUGAAGGCGAAUUGGCUACAGCCUCUAUUGAUGACCUCUCUAUGGAAUUUGAACGCAUUCAGCGAGAGCGCCGCCAAAACGACGCCGAGUAUCGACAAUUUCUCGAUUUUCGCGACAAGCUGCCCAUUGCUGCCAUGCGAUCUGAGAUUCUUUGCGCUGUAAAUGAAAACCCAGUAAUAAUCAUUCGUGGCAACACAGGCUGCGGCAAGACCACCCAGAUAGCGCAGUACAUUCUCGACGAUUACAUCUCAUCUGGUCAGGGCGGCUAUGCUAACAUUUACGUGACUCAACCUCGCCGCAUUUCGGCAAUUUCUGUAGCGGAGCGCGUAGCCCGCGAGCGUUGCGAACAGUUAGGCGACACAGUGGGUUACUCUGUGCGAUUUGAAUCUGUUUUUCCACGGCCGUAUGGAGCUAUACUCUUUUGCACAGUGGGCGUUCUACUGCGUAAGUUGGAGGCAGGCCUCAGGGGAGUUUCGCACAUCAUAGUUGACGAGAUUCAUGAAAGAGAUGUGAACAGUGACUUUUUGCUGGUAAUUCUUCGCGACAUGGUGGACACCUACCCGGAUCUGCACAUUGUUCUUAUGUCGGCAACAAUUGACACUACGCUGUUUUCUAAGUAUUUUGGUGGCUGUCCAGUAUUGGAAGUGCCUGGCAGGGCUUUCUCCGUGCAGCAAUACUUCUUGGAGGACGUUCUACAGAUGACAGACUUUGUGCCAUCAAUAGAAUCGAGGCGCAAACGCAAGGAGGCAGAUGAUGACGAGCACCUACAACUAUCUGAGGACAAGGAAGAGGCUGAGACGAACUUUAACAAGGUGUGCGAGGACAAGUAUUCACAAAAGACUCGAAACGCAAUGGCCAUGCUCUCCGAAUCGGACGUUAACUUCGAGCUUCUGGAGGCAUUGUUACUGCACAUUAAGUCAAAGAACAUUCCCGGCGCCAUCCUGGUAUUCCUUCCAGGAUGGAAUUUAAUUUUUGCGCUGAUGAAGUUCUUACAAAGUACAAAUACUUUUGGUAAUUCAGCCCAGUACCGUAUUUUGCCGUGCCACUCCCAAAUUCCUCGGGACGAACAACGCAAGGUGUUCGAGCCUGUGCCAGGAGGUGUAACAAAGAUAAUUCUAUCCACAAACAUUGCCGAGACAUCUAUAACUAUCGACGACAUAGUCUUUGUUAUUGACAUUUGCAAGGCGCGUAUGAAGCUCUUUACUUCACAUAACAAUCUAACCAGCUACGCUACCGUAUGGGCCAGCAAAACUAAUCUGGAGCAACGGAAGGGUCGAGCUGGACGAGUUCGGCCGGGCUUCUGCUUUACUCUCUGUUCACGCGCCCGGUUCGAAGCACUCGAGGAUACCCUUACGCCAGAGAUGUUCCGCACGCCUCUGCACGAGAUAGCUCUCACCAUUAAAUUGCUUCGUUUGGGCGCUAUUCAUCAUUUCCUGUCUAAGGCACUAGAACCACCGCCAGUUGACGCCGUCAUAGAAGCUGAGGUCCUUUUGCGAGAGAUGCGCUGUCUAGACGUUAACGACGAACUUACCCCAUUGGGUCGUCUGCUGGCACGCCUGCCAAUCGAACCAAAACUGGGAAAGAUGAUGGUGCUCGGAGCAGUGUUCGGCUGUGCUGAUCUAGUGGCCAGCAUGGCAUCCUACUCAAGCACUUUUUCCGAGGUGUUCAGCCUGGAUAUGGGCCAACGUCGCCUCGCUAAUCAUCAGAAGGCGUUAAGCGGAAGCAAGUGUUCCGAUCACGUGGCUAUGAUCGUAGCCUCACAAAUGUGGCAGCGUGCCAAGCAACGCGGUGAGCACGAGGAGGCCCGGUUCUGCGAGAGAAAGGGUCUGCAAAUGAGUACUAUGAACGUCAUGUGGGAUGCGAAGCAACAAUUGCUCGAUCUACUUCAGCAGGCCGGAUUCCCAGAAGAGUGCAUGAUAUCGCACCAUGUGGAAGCAGAUGCUACUGGCGAUGACCCGGAGCUUGACGUGUCGCUGGCCCUGCUUUGUCUUGGCCUUUACCCCAACAUUUGUGUGCACAAGGAGAAGCGUAAGGUGCUAACUACUGAGUCCAAAGCAGCGCUGCUUCACAAGACCUCUGUGAACUGCAGCAACUUGGCCGUCACCUUUCCGUAUCCUUUCUUCGUUUUUGGCGAAAAGAUCCGCACUCGAGCAGUAUCCUGCAAGCAACUAUCUAUGGUCACGCCAUUGCAAGUAAUGUUGUUCGGAUCGCGCAAAAUUGAUUUGGCCGCCAACAAUAUCGUGCGCGUUGAUAAUUGGGUUAAUUUCGAAAUGGAACCGGAAAUUGCAGCAAAAGUUGGGGCCCUGAAGCCAGCACUAGAGGAUCUCAUCACGGUCGCGUGUGACCGGCCAGCCGACAUACUUCAGCUGGAGGAGCCUUAUGCCAAACUGGUCGCGGUGGUAAAGAACCUUUGUGUCAAGAGUGCCGGCGAUUUUAAGCUACAGCGCGACUCUGGAAUUCUUCCGUACCAGGCUCGCCAGUUCAACACCGGCGGUGGAGCGGCCAAGCGAGGUCGAUUCGGUGGCUACGGCGCUGGUAGACGUUUUGAUAACGAUUUUGGAGGUUAUGGAAACAGGGGAAACAGCUUUGGCGGGGGUGGAGCUCUGGGCUAUGGAUUUAGCGCCGGAGGUGGAUAUGGAAACAACCGAGGAGGGGACUUCGGAAACAGAGGUGGAUUGGGGAAUAUUGGUAGCGGGAGUUUUAGAAACAAUAGAGGAUCAGGUGGCUUUGAAAACUCUGGCGGAAAUUUCGUAGGUGGAAACCAAUCAGGCAGCUGGGGUCGCUUUUAAUGAAUAUUAACCGGUAUUCUGCUUUGACUUUGUCAGUUUAUACAUAAAAAACACGGAAAUCUCUUUAUUGACCAUAGACCAUACAUAUAUACUAUAGUACACUAUAACAAAAAUAAAGGACAAAUAUUAAAACAACUGUGAAAGUAAAUAUUGGUGCGGAAAAUAAUGACAAAAUUAAUGUGUAAUAAAUUCAAUUUUAUUGGAAAAUUGGGAUUGUUAACGCAGAAUUUAAGUAAGAUACAUAUGUGUAUCCACUUGUGACUUAUUCAGCCACUGAUGUCAUCUCUCGUUUAUUAAAAUUUACAAAAGAGUAUACUGUUCUAUACAAUUUUAAAAUAUUUAUUUUGAUACCGGACAUGGAUGACAUUGACCUUUUGUCAAAAAAACAUGUUUCUAGCUGAUGGUGAAGUUACUGCCCAUGUGAGACCUUAUAACCAUGUAUAUCAAACACGUUAUGCUGCUGCAGCGUAUCUACAAAAAAGAAAAACGUUUUUCGAGCUUGUUCCUGAGGUCUCUGAGUUCAUACGGACAGACGGACUUGGCUAUUGAUCAAAAAUAUAUUAUAUAUAAAUAUACUUUAUGGAGUCGGAAACAUUUAUUCUAUCUGUUACAUACUUUUCAAAGAAUACAAUAAACCCUUUUUCUCUAUGAA